AUGAUGGACGUGGAUGCCGCCCUCAGCGACAUCAUCCAAAAGCAGCGUGACGUGAAAGUGAGCGAAAGCGCCACCCGUGCACCCCGCGAUUCGAUAAAGCCUCGCGGCGAAUACAAGCGACGUUUCAACGUCAGCUACCGCCCGCGUCCCUUUGGAUAUCGGCCCCGAUACAAGAAUCCGACUCGCGUGAACUUGGCCAAUUUACACAAUGAGCUCUUUGCGGAUUAUCCCCACGACGGAAUCAUCAUGCAUCACGACGAGAUGGGUCGCCCUGUCGGAACGGCGGAUAUCCAUUUUAGGCAUCGUCCGGGCGUUGCCGCCAUAUUGAUCAGCGACAACAUGGGCAUGAUGAUUGACGGUCAAGCCAUCCAAUUCCACCUGAUCGGACGCCGUCCUGUCACCGUCGCUUUUAAGAGCCAGGUUUUUAUCCCUCUAUUUUCGAAUCGGCUUUUAGAUUCGCCCUCGCCCGAUGCAGCGCCGUACGCCUAUCUACAAAAACAAGGUUCAGAAGUGAGGCCGAGCUCAACGCGCAGCUUGACGCCUACAUGGGCCGGGCCUAGGCAGCAUCAGCAACGUCGUGGCCCCAUCACAAAUGUAUCUCUAGUCUCACUGCCACACUUUGACCAUAGUUUCCUAUUAUCCCAUAAUAUUUCUGCCUCACGGGUCGAUUUUCACCGUGAUAAGAUCUAUCAGGAUGCUUUGGAAUCGUUGAAAAGGCUUAGUGCCAACCCUCAGACUGAAUGCAAGGCGACAACAAGCGGCCCAAGUACUAGUGCGGCUCCAGUUGGAGUUUCGAAAGCGGAAACUAGCAGCGAAAAGCCAUGCGUCUCCGAGAUGCAGCCCGUAAACGCAUCGCUACUGGAUGCUCCGACACAGCCGAACCUACGUGACGUGGACUUGGUAGACUACAAGGACGAAAGCCAAUUAGCCGAGAUCAUGGAGCUGAUCACGAAAGAUCUCAGCGAACCCUACUCCAUCUACACCUAUCGUUAUUUUAUACAUGGGUGGCCGGAGCUUUGUAUUUUGGCCGUUGAUCGGGAGACGCGGAAACUCGUCGGGACCGUCAUUUGCAAGCUGGAUGGUGGUCCGUACAAGAGGAGCAAGGGCUAUAUCGCCAUGCUGGCAGUCGAUCAGACCUACCGACGACAUGGGCUUGGCACACGCUUGGUUCGACGAGCCAUAGAGCGAAUGCAGGAGAAGCAAUGUGACGAGGUGGUGCUCGAGACGGAGGUGACAAACACAAAUGCAGCCACGCUCUACUCAAACCUUGGAUUUAUUCGGGAAAAGCGGUUAUUUAGGUAUUACUUGAACGGUGUGGACGCGUUCCGCCUGAAGCUGUACUUCUCGCCGCCGCCCCAAACGUCUCCAACGAUCUCCCCAGAUCAGAUGGACGAAGAAGACGAUGACGCUAUGUGGCUCCAAGCUUUCACAUCA